AUGAGGUUGCGCACCCGACACUCCCCUCUGCUCCUGCUCCUCAUCCCGUCCCUUGUCGCAGGUUUAGCCGUUGAAACCAAGGACAAGAAUGGCGCCAAGGCCGUAGCUUCUACCGACAAGUCCACCGAUUCGACCGCUGGCUCUGGCGUCAAGACCAGAUUCGGAACCGACCAUGCUCCUGUCGAUGGGAAGGACGGCAUGCCCCACGAGGGUCCCUUCGUCGACCAGGACAGAGACAGCAAAAAGGAUGUCGCGGAUACGGAUAGCAAAAAGGGCUUGCCCCCCUUGAAGGGACGCCCGUCAGACCCUACCGUUGUUGAUGGCAAGAAGAUCCCCGAGACCAACGAUGGUGUCAUGAACGACAAGACACGUCAGAAGCCCAAGGAGGGCACCAGAGGCACCGAGGGAGGUGUCAGUGAGAAGGACAAGGCGCGCAAAGCGGCCGAGGGCAAAAUUGGCGAAAAGCCCAAUAACAAGCCCGAGGCGCCCAAGGAGCAGCCUCCUCUGCCUCACAGCGAGCAGGAGAAGAUCCUGAGCGACAAGGAAGCCACCAAGGACAAGGAGCGCGACCGCGACCACCGCACUGCUGACGACGUUGCGGGUCUCGAGAAACCUGCAGGUCUCCCCCACAAGCUCGACGACAAGCCCCAACCUCUCCCCAACUCGGCGCACAAGGACCACCUGGAUGUCUCCAAGUCCAAGGGGAAGUCAUCCAACAGCCUAGACGAUGAGGCCGAGGGCGUCAUCCAGCCAUUCCACUCCUUCGUUCUGUCUUUGACCAUGAUCCUUGUAUCCGAGGUCGGCGACAAGACGUUCCUCGUUGCUGCACUCAUGGCGAUGAAGCACGACCGGAUGGUCGUCUUCUCUGCUGCCUUUGGCGCCCUCUUGGUCAUGACCGUUCUAUCUGCUUGUCUCGGUCACGCGGUGCCUACGUUGAUUCCCAAGCGCGUAACCAGUUUCCUUGCUGCCGGCCUGUUCUUUGUGUUCGGCACGAAACUGCUUCGUGAGGGUCUGGGCAUGGACCCCAACGAGGGUGUCACUGCUGAGCUGCACGAAGUCGAGCGAGAGUUGGCUGAGAAGGAGAAGGAGGGCAAGCGUCACGGUUCUGCGGUUUCUCCCUACGCCUUGGAGAUGGGCCUGAACGGCAACAGGAAGUCUAGGUCUAAGAGCCGUUUCCCGUCGCCCCCGCGCUCGCCUUCUCAAUCCCCGCCCCGCAGUCCUUCGCCUAGUUCGGGUGGCAUUAAGGGCUCCCUACAGGGUCUGAGCAACCUUCUCGGCCUCCUCCUCAGCCCUGCGUGGGUCCAAACGUUCGUCAUGACCUUCCUCGGCGAAUGGGGUGAUCGGAGUCAGAUUGCCACGAUCGCUAUGGCUGCUGGACAGGACUACUGGUGGGUUAUCUUGGGUGCCAUGGUUGGCCACUGCAUCUGCACCGGUGCCGCCGUCAUUGGCGGCCGUGCCAUCGCAGGCCGUGUCAGUCUUAAAGUCGUCACUGUCGGUGGUGCCGUCGCGUUCCUCGUGUUCGGCUUCAUCUACUUCUUUGAGGCAUUCUACGCAUGA